AUGGAGAAGGAAGGAGCAGAAAUCACAAUGCAGCAGAAAACUUCCCGAGAAGCACCAAGUGAAGAACAGGGAGAUAGAUUUCAUCAGGAUAUGAAACAGAUGGAAAUGAGGUACCAGGGACGAUGGAACGUCUUCAUGAUGGCAGACUUGUUGGUGAUAAUACUUUUGUGCGAUAUUGAAGGGGUUUACCUGGCUGUCAUUAUUGUUAUUCUUACUAUUGCCCUUAUAAUAGGUUUUACCAUUGGCCAUUACGUUGCAGACCCCGCCGCCGCCGCCAUGCCGAGCAAGUCGCAAGCCGCCACCGAGGGCGCCGACACGGGCGCGCCCAAGACGGAGCUGGAGGAGCUGCAGUUCAAAUGCCGCGAGGUGGCGGACGAGUCCCUGAACAGCACCCGGCGCAUGCUCACACUAUGCGAGGAGGGCAAGGAGGCUGGGAUCCGCAUCCUCGUGGACCUCGACGACCAAGAAGAGAAGCUGGAGGCCAUGGAGAAGGGCAUGGACGACAUCAACGAAGACAUGAUCGAGGCCCAGAAGAGUUUGGCGGCCAUGGGCAAGUGCUGCGGCCUCUGCGACCUCUCCUGCAACAAGGGCUCCUCCAACAAGGAGGACGAGGCCGUGUGGAAGGGCGGCGACGAAGACUCCAAGGUGGUGUCCAACCAACCACAGCGCGUCAUGGACCCCAACUGCAUGGGCCCGCAGACAGGAUACAUCGGCAAGAUCACGAACGACGACCAAGAGAAGGAGAUGGAAGAAAACAUGGAGCAGGUGGCGGCCAUGGUGGGCAACAUGCGAAACAUGGCGCUGGACAUCGGCAACUCGCUGCAGAGCCAGGAGGCGCUGCUCAACAGGAUCACGCGCAAGGCGGAAGUCAACGAGAGGAACGUGGCGGAGGCCGUGGAGAAGGCGCACGCACUCAUGAAGGACUAAACCCCGACGCCCAUCGCCCAUCGCCCGCUGCCCCCGCCCCCGCGCCAGCGCCC